GCACCCAAAGUCGAAGGAUAGCUCUGUGGCCUUUCAAUGGACUAAAGUGCUAGAUUUAUCAGUGUUGUAUAAUAGUAUAACCAAUUCUCAGGCUACACAUAUUUGUUUAGGAACGAUCGCAAUUGUCUUCACUUACUGUGAGAGACAGAAACUGGCGUCCAACAUGCGUAAAAAUCAACGCUGUCCAAGCAGGGAACCACCGAGAAACGAAUUAUCGCCGCUCUACUGAGGCCAAUCUCGAUUAUUUUUUCUUAAAUAAGGAAACAUACCACAGCUAACUGGCUAACAUUACCUCUGCAGGUAGCUUGGUUAACGACAUAUCUUCACGAAAAAUCGGAGACGGGAUAUCAAGAUUGGAUCUACAGUCGCACAGCAGCAGGAAAACUUGUAGGCAGCAAUGGGUGCAUUCCUGGACAAGCCGAAGACAGAGAAGCAUAGUGCCCAUGGUGAUGGUAACGGGCUACGCUAUGGCCUGAGCUCCAUGCAGGGCUGGCGGGUGGAAAUGGAGGACGCCCACACAGCUGUGGUGGGCCUCCCCCAUGGACUCACUGACUGGUCAUUCUUUGCUGUCUAUGACGGCCAUGCAGGCUCCCGAGUGGCCAACUACUGCUCUGGGCACCUGCUGGAACACAUCUUGUCAGGAGGAGCUGAGUUCGGUUCCGGGCCCAGCUCUGUGGAGGGUGUUAAGGACGGGAUCCGCUCGGGCUUCCUGAACAUUGACGAGUACAUGCGCAACUUUGCCGACCUGCGGCAGGGCCUGGACCGCAGCGGCUCGACAGCCGUGUGCGUGUUGCUCAGCCCGACUCACCUCUACUUCAUUAACUGCGGCGACUCGCGGGCCGUGCUGUGUCGAGACAGCAAGGUGGGGUUCUCCACCCAGGACCACAAGCCCUGCAACCCUCGUGAAAAGGAGCGCAUCCAGAAUGCCGGCGGUUCAGUCAUGAUCCAAAGGGUAAACGGCUCCCUGGCCGUGUCACGGGCCCUCGGGGACUACGACUACAAAUGUGUGGAUGGUAAGGGCCCCACGGAGCAGUUGGUGAGCCCUGAGCCCGAGGUUUGCGUGUUGGAGAGGGUAGUCGAAGACGAGUUUGUGGUUCUAGCGUGUGACGGAAUCUGGGAUGUCAUGUCCAACGAAGAGCUGUGUGAGUUUGUCCGCUCACGGCUGCAGGUUUGUGACGACCUGGAGAAGGUCUGUAACUCAGUGGUGGACACCUGUCUUCACAAGGGGAGCAGGGACAACAUGAGCGUGGUGUUGGUGUGUUUGCCAGGAGCUCCCAAAAUCUCAGAAGAGGCCGUGAAGAAGGAAGAAGAGUUGGAUAAAAAUCUAGAAACUCGCGUUGAGGAGCUUCUAGGAAACUGUGGAGAGGCAGGAGUCCCUGACCUGGUGUCUGUUCUAAGGACCAUUGCCUCAGAGAACAUCCCUAACCUUCCACCUGGUGGAGGCCUGGCCAGCAAACGGAGCGUGAUAGAGGCAGUGUACAACAGGCUGAACCCUCACAGAGAAGAGGAAGGGGCCCCCACCCUCACCUGCUGCUGCAGAACCAGAAGAUGCCCCCUAAGUCUGAUAUGUCCUCUGACUGAGCACCCACCCACUCAUCUACCCCACCCCAGGGCUGUGUCAAUCCCUCUUUACGCCAUCACAGAACAUGAAUAAACACAUUGGCCAUUAUUUCUUCUAUGUUGCUUAAUAAAUUAUGUGUUAAUCAGAGGCCCCGCCCACUUUUGUCAGUUUUUGACUGAGAUCAUUUUAUGUUAAGUCACGAGCUGCAGUCAUUUUGCUCAAACCUUAGAAAUAACAUGAUCUGUUAGCAGUUGGAGCAUGCUCUGAAUGACUGCCAGCUACUGCCACWCCAGAUUUUAGCUCAGUAUCUUUAAAACCAACACUUUUGUGUUUGACAUUUUGCCAGUGGUACAAAUGAAAACACUAUUUAUGGUUUUUGGUGGCGGGUGAUGAUAAUUAACAGACACAAAACUGGUCUUUCUGUGUAUUCAAGUUCUGCUUCCAAGACUGUAUUAUACUCCAUGUAAUGACAGCUCUUUUGUUUCCUUUUUGUGUUUUCCACCUUGGCUUGGACUCCCGAACAUACCAAUCGCUUUCACAGCUUGGCUACGCUGAUGUUUACAGUAGAUGUCAGUCAUUUCUUAUUACAUAUACAAAUGGACGAUGAAGCCAAAGUGAACCAUGUAUUCAGCAGUCAGCAAUUUCCCGCUAUUUGUUUCUGGCUGAUUCCCCCCCUCACUCCCCCUCCCUCCUCCUCCUCCUCCUCCUCCUCCUCCUCCUAGUCCCCACCUGCUUAUAGUGGAUGAACUGAUUAAAACAGUGGAGACGCUGAACUGCAGGUCAGCUCCAUCUACUGACUCAGAACAAACACUUAUUUUGUCUGCAUGAGUUUGAGCGACUGAACAAAGGUGAAAUCGUCACUCGUGAUUUUUAUUUUAAUUUAUGUUUUUCUCCCGUUUGCACGGUUAAAAUUGUUCAAAAUAGUCCGAGCACUAAAACACAAGCUGCUGUGAAAACCAGUUAACAAAACUAUUUUAUGGAUCAGAGAGUAAAACUAUUGCAGCAUUAGAGCAGAAAUUAUUUCUACACUAUCAUUUAUUUGGAGUUGUGUUUUUGUAUUUUGUGACACUUUUUUUUGUAAAUUUUAAAACCCUGUCAGAGGCGUAUUGACUUAAUGGAGGUUAGGGUUUGAAAGCGACAACUAAUGUCGUUAGUUAAUGCCAUCAUCAGCCUUCGAAUCAGUGAAGCUUCAGAGCAGCUGUUCAGAUUAAAUGAAAGUGAUGCUAAUAAAUGAAUAGAUCAAGUAAAGGGGUGUUGCUAUUAUUGCUUUAUAUAACUAAACAAUUCAACUAACAGCAUGUUYUUUCCUUGAGAAACACCUUAAAGUUAUAUAUUGUUUUUGUUAAACACAUUUUCCUGUUGAAUGUUAACAUGCUGUAACAUGUAGUUGUGUUUAACAUUAUGAUUUCUUUUUUGCUGAUGUGGUUUAUUAUGUUGACGCACAGACAUUGUUAAAUUCUUGUGAAAGAUUUUUUUUAUAUCUCUUUAUCUGGAAUAGGUUGUUGACCUGAAGGAGGAGAUCCCUGCUGUAGGAUCAGGGAGUUUUAAGCCUUGAUCAAAGUCCACAUAAAUUAUGUUUCUUUCCAUAAAAUCAUGUUAUUCACAAUGACGAUCCUAAAAAUCAUUACUAACAUUGAACUACUCCUCUUUAAAAACAAAUAAGAAGUAGCAGCUAGCGUUAGCUGGUUGUGAAUCUGUUUUUUUCAGUCAUUCCUGCUCUUCUAAUCUAAAUCAGAUGCAGGGUUGUGCUAAAUACUGUGUUUAUAAUGUAUGUGUGUGUAUGAAUGAGUUGUAUUUGUAUGUGAGGCAAAAUAAUUCCUGAAAUAAUCAAAUAAAGAGACCUAAAGUAUGAUUCCA